AUGGAGUCUGUUUCAGAGCUCAAGAACACACUAGAAGAACUGGAUGGACCUGGUCUGAAACACUUUCAAUGGCACCUGAGGAAUAAUUAUGGUAUUUCAGCUUGUAAACUGGAGAAUGUAGAUGUCUUAGAUACAGUAGAUAAGAUGAGAGAACAGUAUGGAGCAGAAAAGGCUGUGAAGGUCACAAUUGAGAUCCUGAGGAAGAUGAAGCAGAACGAGUUGGCCGAACAGAUAGAAAAUAAACACAAGGAAGUUACAGUUGACAGAAAAGCUAAUGAUAGUGAUUACAGCGAGCUCAGCAACAGACUGAAGGAGUCCUUAAAACGGCGCUAUGAGAAAAUAUUGGAUGGUAAUUCACAGACUGGCCAUGUAAAACGACUGGAUGAUAUUUACACUGAUCUCUUCAUAGUAAAGAAUGAGACUGGAGGAGCAGUGAGUGAGCAUGAAGUGAGACAGAUUGAAUUAAAUCUCAACCGAACUCCUGCUGAGGACACACCCAUCAAAUGCAAUGACUUAUUUAAAGUCCAGUGUGAUGGACAAAACCGAAAAGUGCUGACGAUGGGCAUCGCAGGUGUGGGAAAAACUGUAUCUGUCAAAAAAUUCAUCCUUGACUGGGCUGAAGGAAAAGAAAAUCAGGAAAUUAUCUUUGUUUUUCCUCUGCCCUUCUGUAAUCUGAAUUCGAUUGAAAAGGACUGCAGUCUAAUGGAUCUGAUUCACAAAGACUUUAACUGUGUUAAACAACUCCCAUCAUUACCUGAAGAUGAAGGUAAAGUCAUGUUCAUCUUUGAUGGCCUGGAUGAGUGUCGAUUCCCAUUAACAAUUAAGAAGAGUAAGAUAUUGACAGAUGUUCAUAAAAAAACAACAGUGGGUGUCAUCAUUACAAACUUGAUCAAGAAACUGCUUCCUUCUGCUCUCAUCUGGAUCACCUCCAGACCAGCAGCAGCCCAUCAAAUCCCUCGAGAAUACAUUGAUCAGGUGACAGAGGUCCGAGGAUUCAACGAUGAGCAGAAGGAGAAAUACUUCACCAAAAACAGCAAUCCUGAUGUGGCAGAGAAAAUCAUUUCACACAUGAAGAAAUCCAGGAGUCUUUACAUCAUGUGUCACAUUCCUGUCUUCUGCUGGAUCUCUCUCUGUGUUUUUCAGCCUCUGCUGGAUCAAGAGGAUCAUGAAAAAAUUCCCACAACCCUCACAGGGAUGUACAUUUACUUCUUACUUACUCAAAUAAAACAGAUGACAGACAAAUACAGUGAUGAUCUUAAAUCUAUUGAAGAUGUUAUUCUGAAACUGGGAAAACUGGCUUUUAAACAGCUUCAGAAAGGAAACCUGAUUUUCAACAAAAAAGAUCUUGAAGAAUGUGGUCUGGAUGUCAGUGAAGGUCUGGUUUACUCUGGCUUAUGCACUCAAAUAUUUCAGACAGAAAAGCCAGUUUCUGGGAUAAAUGUCUACAGUUUUGUACAUCUCAGCGUUCAGGAAUUUCUUGCUGCUCUCUAUGUGCUUAUCAAAUACAAAGAUACAAAAACAAAUCCUUUCCUUCUCACGCUGGGUGAAAAACUGAAAUGGAAAUUAAAAUUGACCUUCAUAAUUGACCUUCAUAAGACUGCAAUUAAAAAUGCUCUUCAGAGCAAGAACGGACACCUGGACCUUCUCCUCCGGUUCCUCAUGGGUCUUUCAUUGAAGUCCAAUCAGAAUGAGUUGAAGGAAUUUCUGCCCAAACUGAAGAUCACAGAUGAAGAUGAAAAUAUGAGAGAGACUGCUGAUUAUAUCAAAAUGAACAUUAAGGAAACAGAAUCAGCAGAGAAGAGCAUCAAUCUCUUUUACUGUUUGAGUGAACUAAAAGAUAAUUCACUGAUCACAGAAAUCCAGACGUAUCUGAAUUCAGGAAAUCUUUCGUCUCAAAACCUCUCAUCUGUUCAGUGGUCAGCACUAGUAUUUGUGCUGCUGAUGUCAGAAGAAACUCAAGAGACGUUUGAGCUGUGGAAAUACAGAAGAUCUGAUGAAGCUGUGAUUCGACUUCUGCCAGUGAUCAAAAACACCAAAAAAGCUGAUUUAUCUGAGUGUAAGGUGACAGAUGAAGGUUUUUGUUAUCUGGCUUCAGCUCUGAGAUCAAACCCUUCAUCACACUUAAGAGAGCUGAACCUGAGCCACAAUGAUCCAGGAGUCUCAGGAGUGAAGCAGAUCUCUUAUCUACUGAAAGAUCAACACUGCACACUGGAGAAACUCAAUUUAUUUGGGUGUAAGGUGACAGAUGAAGGUUUUUGUGAUCUGACUUCAGCUCUGAGAUCAAAUCCUUCAUCACACUUAAGAGAGCUGAACCUGAGACAGAAUGAUCCAGGAGUCUCAGGAGUGAAGGAGAUAUCUGAACUACUGAAAGAUCAACACUGCACACUGGAGACACUCAAGAGGCUUACGGCGUCUCUGAGGCACACUGCAGGCGCUAUGAACCAGAGCAAGGGUAAGCUGCCUGUAAGACGUAUUAUGAGUCGGUACGCCGGAGCUUCAGAUACAAACAACCUGAACUCGCAUCGCGGGCGGAAAAUCGAUCCAGAAGAAAAAGGUUUAUUUGCAUGUGAGGUGACAGAUGAAGGUUUUUGUGAUCUGGCUUCAGCUCUGAGAUCAAACCCUUCAUCACACUUAAGAAAGCUGAACCUGAGCUUCAAUGAUCCAGGAGUCUCAGGAGUGAAGCAGAUCUCUGAUCUACUGAAAGAUCCACAAUGUACACUGGAGACACUCGAUUUAUCUCACUGUAAGGUGACAGAUGAAGGUUUUUGUGAUCUGGCUUCAGCUCUGAGAUCAAAUCCUUCAUCACACUUAAGAAAGCUGAACCUGAGCAGCAAUGAUCCAGGAGUCUCAGGAGUGAAGCAGAUCUCUUAUCUACUGAAAGAUCCACACUGCACACUGGAGACACUCAAUUUAUGUUACUGUCAGGUGAGAGCUGAAGGUUUUUGUGAUCUGACUUCAGCUCUGAGAUCAAAUCCUUCAUCACACUUAAGAGAGCUGAACCUGAGCGGCAAUAAUCCAGGAGUCUCAGGAGUGAAGCAGAUCUCUGAUCUACUGAAAGAUCCACACUGCACACUGGAGACACUCGAUUUAUCUUGGUGUAAGGUGACAGAGGAAGGUUUUUGUGAUCUGGCUUCAGCUCUGAGAUCAAAUCCUUCAUCACACUUAAGAAAGCUGAACCUGAGCUUCAAUGAUCCAGGAGUCUCAGGAGUGAAGCAGAUCUCUGAUCUACUGAAAGAUCCACAAUGCACACUGGAGACACUCGAGAUGAUGAUGUUUUAAAGAUUGCUCUGAAUCUGAUCUCUAUCAAAAGUCCUUCACAAAAAUGCAAUGAUCUCAAAACUCAAAACUUGUUUUUAAGAAACAUACACAUAUUUGAGAGAUGAUAAAAGGAGAACAAAUGAAAUCAGAGGGUCUGUUCUUUCAUUUGAUAUAUUGUUUGUUUAUAUAUUUAAAGAAGAACAUUUUCUGGAAGGCAUUAAACUUUAGUGAAAAUCAUAAAAAAAUGCUGGCGUUGGCUGGCAACAUUUAAAAAAAACCCUGAUGUGGAAAGAGUUUAUACUCAAAGUUUACAUAAACAGCCGUCUGCUUUUCUCCUGUGACAUUUAAACCUCAUUUACACAGACAUUUGGUCCCAGAAAAUACCCAUAAAAUUUGAAGACAAGCUUCUGUGUGAACAUAAAUGUUCAGGGAUUGUUCCCGGAAAGAGGACCUAGUAACAUGCCGUAAGAUACCCAUAAAGCCCUCAGUGUGAACAAGAUGCAGAAACAAUGUGGUAAGGGGCGUGUCGUAGUCAGGACGCGUGUGUCAUGGCAACAUAAAGUUAUGGUUCAGAUCUUUAAAACUAGAGGUUUACAUGCACAUUAACAAUCACAAUGAGAAAUGUCUGCAAACUGGACUAAAGGGAGCUUGUCAAAUAUCCGAAGCUGAGAUCAUUCACCAGCACACUAGAAUGGCAUGUCACAUGCUUCUUUAUAGUCUUAUCAUAAACAAAAGUGCAUGCGAGUGGUUUCUGGAGAGAGAAUUGAAGGGAUAGUUCACCCUAAAAUGAAAAUUCUGUCAUCAAACUACCAAGUGCAGGACUUUACAUCACGUGUCUUUCUGUGAACGCACACACAGAUUCCGACAAAUCACUGUCAGUGUGAAUGAGCUAAAAAUCAAACGAUCCCGGACAAAUCCCACAAACUUGUUAACUUGUACACCUGGGUAUGACUCCUAAGCAGAAUACGUGUGUAAUUUGAACCGGUCAAAGGAAAAAAAUAAUGCACAUCUUUUUUUAUGGUAAUUUGAAGACCCCGCAAUAACACUACCGUGCAGUUUUACUACCGUGGUUUACCGUGUUACCGAACACCGGCACAAGCCUACUCCUCAGCAAACCAAAUACAUUUUUUAACCUGAUUUAUUUCAUAGUUUGCUUGUUAGAUUUCAUGAAAUGUUGUCUUUUGUGUAAAAGUAGAUUUUUCAUUGACAGUUUUAUCAGACGCUCACUUGCUGUUUUUGAUAAAAACCAGAUGUCUUCAUAUGUCUACAAUUAAUCUGUUUUGUUUCCAUUAAAAAUAAACAUAUUGUGCAGUAAAAUGUGUCUAAAUUGUAUUAGUGAUACAUCAUAUGAUGAAGAAGAUGAUUUAAUCAUUAUUAAGAUAUGAUGACAAUUUAAUAUUGUGUUCCUAUAUACAGUGUGUAUUUAUCUGCAGAAGGGGGCUUCCCAGCUAACAGGGAACGUUCCCACAACAUUCGCUAACGUUUUUUAAAAGUUCUUUAAAGGUUUUAAGAAAACGUUUAUGCAACGUUCUUAUAACGUUAUUAAAGGUUGAAUUACGUUCUUAUGAUGUUGAUGAACAAACGUUCUUAGACAACCUGAUCUCACAGAAAUGCGUGAAAUUAACACGACCUCUUAACCGCGAAUUACGUGGUGGUGGCACGGAAUAUGUUGAAAUUGCGUGUCGGCACCACGGAA